AUGGGUUAUGCAACUUAUUUAUUCGAUUUUCGCCAAUUUCAGUUGGACACUCUAAGCCGCCGUCUCCAGGAAAGCGUUCAACUCCGCACGCACAAAUACUUCCGUGUAGCCGUACCACAAGCGCUUACCGGGCAGUCGCUAGUCGCCCUUGUCGGAGAGAAGGGUUACGCCGAAGAUGAAGCGGAAGCCGUCCACUUGGCCACCCUUCUGCUUCAACAUGGAUACCUAUUCCCGGUUAUCGAACCAGCUUUAACCGUACGUGAUGACGGUACACUCUAUCGGCUACAGCGACCGUAUUUUUGGCCAUCACACGCUACGCAAACGGACAAUGUAGAGUACGGUAAGUCAGUGUGUCUAUUACUGUGUCCGUGCCUCAUUGGUUGA